AUGGAAUAUGAAAUAAAGAUUAGAGCAGUUGUUGCUUUAGGUCAUGGACCCUACUCAAAUAAUGUAACAGUUACUACUUUAGAAGCAGAGCCAUCUGGUGGUCCGUUAAACGUUUCUUUUCCUCGCUUUAAUACUUCAUCAAUAUUUGUGAUUUGGUCAGAGCCUCGAGAAAACGAACGAAACGGUAUCAUACUAAAAUAUUCUAUAUGCCAUCGCAUUAUGGAUUCAUCCAACUCAUCAAAACUUUGCAAUGACGAAACCAUAACAAAAAACACUUGGUUUGAAUUAACUGGUCUUAAACCAUAUCAAAGCAUCGAGUUUCAAAUAAAAGCUGCGACUUCAAAAGGAUUUGGACCUGCCAGAGUUGUAUCUAAAAAAACAUUGCCUGCAGCUCCUGAUGGUCCACCCAUGAAGUUUCACGUAUCUCGUGUGAGUGCCACGACUAUCACUGCUUCUUGGCUUCCUCCAGAUCGUGCAUUGCGCAAUGGAAGAAUUACCAACUAUACAAUUUGCAUUAAAACGGCCAGUACUUCUACCGGUCACUGUUCAAUGCAAAAUACGACCGACAAUAACAUGCUUUACACCUUUUCCAACCUAAAGCCUUACACCAAGUACCAACUCAGAAUUCUAGCUGCAACAAAUGUUGGAUACGGUCCACCAGCUAUUGUAAAUACUGCAACAUUAGAGGCAGAACCGUCGGGUACACCUUGUAAUUUAACUGUCACAUCGUACACUAAAAAUCUUAUCAACGCAACAUGGUCGUCACCAAACCGCUCACUACUUAAUGGUAUUUUAACCUCUUACUCGGUUUGCAUUAGCCUGCAGGCUUUAUCAACAUGCACGCAUGAAGUGAUUGUUCCAUUUACGCAAACAUCAUUUUCAUUUACUGGUUUAAAACCUUACGUGCAGUAUACCAUCAAAAUAUCUGCUGCUACUAAGGUUGGCAACGGUCCUCAAGCCAACAUUACUCAAAGAACCAAAGAAUCAGGUAGGACAGAUUCACCUACAGGACCACCAACAAAGCUAACUGUGGACUUUGUAAACGUAUCAGUAAUCAGUUUUUCAUGGUUACCACCAAAGAAUGAGUUUCAAAAUGGCGUAAUUAUUUAUUACAUUGUAUGUAUUCGUGAACAUGGUUAUCAUUCGUCAUGUAACAGAACAACUCAAGUGAACAGCAAAGUAAAAAAACAUACUUUUAUUGGUCUAACUCCAUCCAAAGAAUAUACCAUAGCUAUAAAAGCUUCAACAUCUGUGGGAUUAGGACCUCCAGGUUUCAUUCAAAAGACGUCAGGCCAAUGUGACCUACCUGUUCUACAUAGAUCUGGUCGUAUUAGCGACAGCAGUUUUAGUGCAAGCGGCUUCCUAGGUCCUAACUACGAGCCAUAUCAAGCUCGAAUUGAUAAUCACUUGCUCGAAGGAAACAAUGGUAAAGUUCAAAAAGUCCAACAUUAUUUUGAUGAGUCAAUCGUAACAAGAUUUCUACGUUUUGAAGUUCACACGUUUGUUGGUUUACAUCCAUGUAUGGGAAUAGAGAUUUAUGGUUGUGCACCAGCAAUGAAACCUACUAGAGCUAUUGUUCUCAAUGCAUCUUCAAACUCAAUUACAUUUCAAUGGAACUUGCUACCUUCUGUUGUUAAAAAUGGAAAACUAUUUGGUUACAGACUUUGCUACAAACAGUUAAUUUCCAAUAUUCCUUGUAAGACAGCAGGAUAUGUGGACUAUCUUACAAACUCCUACACUAUAAGUAACUUGAAUCCUUACACUGAUUAUCAUCUGGAAGUUUCUGCAGGAACCAUUGCAGGAUAUGGACCCCCAUUUAUUUUUCACAGUACAACACAGGAAUCACGACCUAGUGGUCCUCCACAGUUGAUAAUGGUAAAAGAUGUUACUGCCACAAGCUUGGAAUUAGCCUGGUCACCACCUGAAGAGCAUCGUCGAAAUGGAAUCAUUACCAAUUAUGCUCCAUCUGGACCACCAACUGCUUUAUAUGCGACAAAAAUUAGUCCAAAAAUUCUGCAAAUAUUCUGGAAGCCUCCCGAAGAAACAUUGCAAAAUGGUGAUAUCCUCGGCUACAGACUUUGUAUAAAAGAAAAACAUUUAAAUACACCGUGUAGCAAUUUCAUUUCCUUCCCUAAAACGCCACUUUAUCAUAUUGAAGACAAUUUGAAGCCGUAUACAUUGUAUAAUAUUCAAGUGGAAGCAAGAAAUGUUUUGGGUUAUGGUCCUCCUCGUUGCAUUGAUUUCCGCACCGGAGAAGCAGCACCAUCUGCCCCACCUAAAUAUGUAACCAUGAGAGAUAUAACUUCAAGAUCAAUUGAAAUAAAAUGGAAAGCACCAGAUAUAAAGGAUCAAAAUGGCAUCCUUUUGCUUUAUGAAGUCACUGUUUAUGAAGAAAUACAUCAUGCCAAAGUCAGAAAAGUUACAAGCUCGUCUUUAUCCUCAAACACUACUGUUUGGAAAAUGAAAAACUUGAAUCCAUACUCUGAUUAUAUAUUUCAUAUAAAAGCUGGAACAAUUGCAGGAGUUGGACCACCUUUUACUCUUCACAAACGUAUUGGUAGGAUCUUUAAUAUCGUUAAAUGUUCGUGUUAUUAA